GCGCGGCGUUCACUCCGUACGGUCCAACGAUCCGCCCAAGUGCUGCCCGCACGAUACCCGCGCCGCAAAGCCUCGGUUAGUCCAAGUUUGAAAGUUGGAGCGUUUAGUGGUGCUGCUCCUCGUGCAUCGCUCUCGUGAACUUCGUGCGUGCGUGCAUUGUUUUUCGUGACGCUCGGUCGAAUUGGUGUUUUUGUUUCGUUGUUUCGUGUGUUUUGUUCAGUUUUCGAGCCGAAACGUCGGUGGUGCGUUACCCAAUCGCAGCAAGCGAUCUCUGUUGUGUGUGUGCUUCAGAAGAAGGAAGUCCACAAGACGUCGCACGUUCCGGCAAAUCUCUGAAAGAGAGCUAAGGGAAGAGGUUGUAAUUAAUUUCCCUUCCCUACUGAGGCAGUUCAUUAAACUUUUUGUUCGGUUGUUCCCGGCACGCGGAGUCUGGCGUGCAUCUGGUUGUCUAUUGUUUCUCCAAGCGAAUUCCCCGUUUCGUUUCAUCCGUCGGAGAAGCAGAAGCACAUUAGCAGCAGUGAGAGUUACGGGAAGUUUGGGAACGCCGACGUGAAUUGCCGGAUUUUUGGGGAAGACAACUAGAGAAAAUCAAGCAGCGGCAGCCAAAUUGGACGCUGGAACCGGUUCAAAUCCACUUGUUGAACGACGCGCGUAGAGAGCUGAUAACCCGGCGUUCGUAGAAGGCGGCGAUAGAAGAAAGCAAACUAGAGCGUGGAGAGAGACGAGAUCUCUGUGGCGUUCUGGAAGAGCACAACACGUGGUGGACCCCUCGUUGGAGGAGAGAAGUCGCGCGCGCAACAAGUGGUUGCUUGGAUGCUGCUGGUGGGAUUUUUACGCAUAAAUUCGAAAUAAAUCAGCGUGGACACAACUUUUUAAACUGGGUUGGGGGUGAAAAGCGAAAAGUUUUCGAGUGUUUUAUAGAUUUAUAUUAAACGAACCCGAUGCCUUACACCGUGCAAGCACGGCACGCUUGAGAAAGCAGACCCCCCUCGAAACGACGAAGAAGUUGAUUUAAAAUCGAAAAUAAAGAGCUAUAGUUUGAAAAUAAAACGGAAAGGAAGCAAAAUAAUUAGAGCUAAUUAGUAGUGGUUUAGUUUCUGGCGCACUUGGCACACACCGGCUGAAAGCAAGUUAAGUUUGGGCGGCGAAACUUGAGAAGAGCGAAAGAAGUUGAAGUUUGAGGUAAAAAGAGAGUGAUACCGACGACGAAUGGUUCCGAGUGAAGAUAAUAAAUAGUACGCGCGUGGUGAAAGAAAAAGUGCCCCAAAUAAAGAAAAAAAAAGUUGGGGUUGGAAGAAAAAUUGUUGGAGCAAAAACAGCGCACGCAAAUCGCAAAUUUUUGUGACUGGUGACUGGAGCUUCCCCGAUCCGUUCCGGACGGUGGCCGCCCGCCCCAAAGCCUGCAAGCUGGAUUACUUAAACAUGGAUUUCGACGACGGGGACCUGAAGGAGCUCUGGGACACGGAUCUCGAUGCGACGAUGCAAGACACACUCAAAAUGUCCAGCUACGCGGACAUGCAGGACUGGAUGGACCGAGACUCGAAGCUCCCGCCGGUGAUCCUGAACGACAAGCUGAUGACGGACGCGAUCAUCGGCGGAACGGGGAUGCCGAUCAAGACUGAGCACUCGUACAGCCUCAACUCGGACGGGGACUCGAUCAGCGACACCCUGCCUGACUCGCCGCACAGCCUGCAGAACAAAAUGGACGAUAUGGAGGAAGAGUGCUAUCCCGCCAUCAGCAUGAACGGCCAGAACAAGCAGCACAUCAUUCACAGGCACUCGGGAGGAGGUGGCGGGGUUGCCCACAUCCCGGCCAUCCUGUCCGCGGCUAGCGGCACAGUACUCUCCGCACUGAACGGUCCGAAUGCCCUCAAGAACUCUGUCGGCGUUGCCGGAGGCUUCAACCUGCUCAGCACACUCCAGCAGCAGCAGCAACUGCAACAACAGCAAGCCCAGCAGUCCCACCAACUGGUGCUCGGGCAUCCCAUCAGCUUAAACAACAACCACCUCACCAUCAACAAUAACCACCUCAAGGAGAGCAACUCCGGCAGCAGUCUUCUGCUCAGCUCCGGCUACAGCAGUAAACGCAGCGAUUCCUCCUCGUCCAGCUCGGGCAGCGUAGCGUCCGACAUCGAAAUCGACGAAAUGACCGUCAAGGAGGAACCCAUGUCGCCUAGCUCGAGCUGUCCUCCCUCGCCAACCGGAGCCGGCGCGAGCGGAACUGUCCUCGGCGGAUACUCCAUCUCAACGGUGAACCUGGCCAACAUGGCCGCCUACACGCAGUCCGACCUUGUGUUGGAACACAAGAACGGCACCCUCCAGCUCACACCCGCUUCGCAGAGUCUGCUCAAGAGCCAGCAGCUGGUCCUCACGAACGGCAACACGAUCUGCACAACCUCCGGCGGCACCACCAUCGCCUCCCAGCAGCAACCCGCCAAGAUCGUCAUGUCCAAGCUGAACAUUAAGAUGGAACCGCAGUCGACGUCCUCCUCCUCCUUCGGACUCCCGCCGACGCCUCCGUCGUCGCUGCCGAGCGACGAAUCCGAGGGCAACCAGAGUCCGGAACACCACGCGUCCCCGAUGUCCCCGCCCGCCGUCAUUUCGGCCGUCUCGCCGGGUUGUUCCAGCAGUAGCAGUAGCAGCAGCAGCGGUAGUAGUUGUGGUGGAAGUACACCUUCGAGCAGGAGGACAUCGGUUCAUGGGGCGUCGUCGUCGUCGGUGACGACUUCCGGAUCGUUGACUUCGUCGCCGAAUGCUGCCGCGAGGAACGCGGUCGUGGCUGCACAAAAUGCAACCACGAGGCAACCGAUUCACACCCCGCUCAUCAGUAGUCAACCGAAGGGAUCCACGGGCAACCUGAUCCUGACGGAGGAGGAAAAACGCACCCUGCUAGCGGAAGGUUACCCCAUCCCGACGCGGCUUCCGCUGACCAAAGCCGAGGAAAAAUCCCUCAAGAAGAUCCGGAGGAAGAUCAAAAACAAGAUCUCCGCCCAGGAAAGCCGCCGCAAGAAGAAGGAAUACAUGGACCAGCUGGAGCGCCGGGUCGAGAUCCUGGUGUCGGAGAACCUCGACUACCGGAAGCGCGUCGAGUCGCUCGAGGACGCCAACGCGAGUCUCACGAGCGAGCUGGCCAAGCUGCGGGCGCUCAUCAGCCGGCAGCAGGCCGCCCGGAAGAUGUAAGGGAUCUUUUUUUCUCCUCGCUUUUUUUUAUAAUUUCUUACAAAGUCGUUUCGUACUUUCGCCACGCCGUUAGGGUGGUUAAUUUUAUUUAUUUAUAUUUUUCGUCUCCUAAAGAGCUUAACGUUGUUUAGUUUUACCUUUUAAAACUGUGUUUGCCCUAAUAGUGUUUGACAAUUUGUGACGAAAACGCAUCUCUGGAUUUCCUAAACUGAAACAACAAUGUACAAAGUAGAUAAUUUUAACAAAGAUACAAUCAAAGCACACGCUGAAAGGUGUUGAAUUUUGUUCCACGACGAAGUCGAGUUGAUUUGCGCAGCAAAUUUCCCCGCUAAACUUGUUGAUUUUUAGUUGAAAUUUUCGUGCAAUAUUUGUUCUUUCUGUUUUGUUUGAAUGUGUUUUCCCCAAGCGUAUUGAAAAAAUGAUAUUUAUUGCAAACUUUGCGCAAAUCGCUCGGCCGAGUUCCCCGUUCUACUGCAGGUGACGCAGCAUUGCAACAAAAACGACAAAAGAUAUUAAAUAAAAAUGUUAUAACGAUAAAGCAAAAAGUGCAUUCCAUUAGCCCGUUAGUUAGCCGAUGAAAGGUUACGUUUGUUGCGUCCUUUUCAAAGAUAUGCAAGCUAAGUUCUAGGUUGUAAGCGAAUUUGUUUCACAAGAAAAAAAAUUACCUUAUAUUUUGUAAAUAUUCCAAACAAACAAAAAGUUUAAACCCGCAACGCAAAGUUACAAAACUCGACCGAAGAUUCCGCCAACCAACGCGAUCAAGUGUGCCUUGAACGAGCGAUUUGAAUUCUAGCGGAAAGCGCGAGAGCGCGCGUUUGCGUUCGCAACGCCUGCUUAGCACGGGCGCGAACCAUUCAUUCACGAAAACGCUUCACCACCACGUGAAGCGCGCGCAGCGCCUGCUGCGAUAGCUUUCCACCGCUCUCAAGAGCGCACACACUGAAAAAAGUUGUUUGCGUAAAUUGAUUUAAGGAGCCACAAUUUCAUCGCUAGUUUAAGAUUUUUUUUUUGUUUUCAAACAAAAAUGGCUCUUUUCACUGCAAAACUAAAGCUGACCAAGUUAUGAGUAACAUUUUACGUUACGCAAUCCAUACAACGGCUGCAGGAAGAGUGCUUAGACGGUAAGAAGUUUUGUUGCUUUUUUUGUACAUAACCUAGCGAAAGGACUAAAUCGGGUACACACAUUUCUGUUCUGUAAAUAGCAGACGUUAGUUAGUUUCAAAAUUCAUCGCACGCAUUGUUUCGGAAACAAAAUUCACACAAUUUUUUCAUGUUGAAAUUCAUUCGCACUGAUUCGCAUUACGGAAAGGAAAAUUAAACGGUUUUUUUUUGUUUUUGUCGAAAAUUUACCCCUCAUUUUGGCUUUGUCAAACAGUCACCCUCACAAAAGUCUGCCUUGUAAAAAAAUGGGAGCGUUUUUAGUUUAGUGUGAGUACUUACCACGGGGAAGUCACGAUUAGGUUAACUCUGUUGAAUUCAAUUGUUGUGUUAGCGUAAGAUUUUGGUAGGAAGAGAGCAGUUUUUAAGGUUAGGCGAUUUUUUUUGGCUAGACGCGAGUAAAUAUUGGAUCACAACCGAAGGAGGACAGAAUACAACAAAAAUAUAUUUUAUAUAAAAGUGUACAUUGUAAGGAGAACGAAACCGAUAGAUUAACCAAAUUAAAGUAAAGCUAAGGUGGGCCUAACAAAAGUGGUAGGAAAGGUAACGAAAAGACGUGUCCGCGAGGACAUUUUUUGCUAGAUUUAACAAAGAUCUAAACUUUAUUUUUGUGCUAGAGAGAGAGCGGAUGAACUGAAUGGCACGUAGCGCGCCGGGAAGCAUUUUUUAGUAAUCUUUAAGGCAGACUGUCGCGAGACUACUUGCGCGAGAGCGAACGAGACCGUUUCUACACUACAUUUUGGUUAAAGUAAGAUGGCGUCCAGGGGGUGGUUUGAGAAAUCACCUUUAGCCGAUUUAUACAUUAUUAAAUAUACAUAUAUACAGAGCUAAGUAGUGGAAAAUAACAUGAAAAUGAAAAAUUCUAUUUCUGCCAUGAUGAUUAGUUUAACGUGAGUUUAACAAGGAGACUAUUAAAUCGAGGAAUUACUUGUAGUAUUUAAGCAUUAGACAUUUAAAGUUAAAGUGCUAGUUUAAGUUGUUAGUUUUAAAUUGAGCGCUAUUUUGAUGACUGAUAAAGCAUAUUUUCAGAACGAACACAAUCACACAAACACGAAAAACACACACACAGGCUGAAAAAUGCGUCCUUGACACAAGUAUCUUCCAAUUUUACGAGAAAAAAACACACACACGUACGGCUAAUUAUUGUGCAAUUUACUCUACAUUUUCCUUAUUUAAUUUUGUUAUCUAUAUUUUGUUCAUGUUUAUUUUCAAUAUUUUUAAAAUCACGAGAAAGCAAACGAUAAAAUAUGUUACCUAUAUCACACCUUGAGUUUAGUCAUAAGCUGAUGAUAUCUUAACUACUUUUAAGCCACCAACGAAACAGCUUUUCCUCUCACAUUCACACAAACAGCACAUUCACACAUUCUGAGACAGUAGGUUUUCCGCCCAAUCAGAAUCGCGCAUACAGGCAAACUAAAUCAAUUUUAAGCAUUUAUCGAAUGAUGUAACUGUAUUUAUAGCUAACAAAAGCAAGCAAGCAUGAAUCCUAUAUAAAAACGAAAAACAAGUGUCCAAAUCUUAUACACUUAAUCAAAUAAAUACACACACAAAACAUACAUGAGUAAUGAAACCAACAACAAAACACAUUCACAAUUGAGUCAAUGAUUCACAAAUGUUUAGUAAAUUUAUUACUCCCUACCCAAAAUGACCCCCCAACCAACCAAUCUACUUUAUAAAAGUUACUUAAAACACAGUAAAACAGAAGAAGAAGACGAAGAAGCAAAAUAAAACUAUACAUCUUAUUACUGAAAA